CUGACUUUGUGCUGUUGGGAUGACCAAAGGUGGAGGAGGAGAGACAUUGUAGGAGUUGUUGCUGUUUCUCUGUGUUGCUGAGUUGCUGUUUCUCUUGGAGCUGUGUGCUUCACUCCAAGGGCCAGUAAUUGAGCUGUUAACCACCAGCAGUAACGGUGGGGUCCGUCAGGCGCCUGGGACGUCACGGUGGGCGUGGAGCUGGAUGUAUGAGACAGCUUCAUGGGCGUGAAGGACCACCUGGAGGAUGGGACAGGCCACAUCCUCAGCCUGGGGCUGGAUCUGGACUACCUCCACGUGGAAGGUGCUGAGCGGCAGCUCGGCCUGAGCACUGCGUCGGGCAGUGGGAACACAGGCGUCUUACAGGUCGGAGCUGGUGCCUCGAGUAACAGCAGCGACAGUAUUGGCAGCAGUAGCACAAGUUUUAGCACCAAUUCAAGCUGCAGCAGCAGCAGUAGCUGCAGUAACUUCUCUGACAGUGACGAUGAACGGCUUCAGAAUGGGUCUGGCUCUGAAUCUCAAAACCCUCAGCAAGAUCAGCCCCAUCUACACCACAGAGAGUCCUCUUCAGUCCCUCAGACCGUCAGGCUGGACCUGGCACCAAACCGAUCCACUGGAGACCCCCCACAGCCAGAGACUUCACCUCCCAUCGACCCCGUCACAGACUACCGCUCCAAGGUGGAGUUUGCUCUCAAGCUAGGCUACUCCGAGGAGCUGGUGUUGCUGGUGCUGAGGAAACUGGGUCCAGAUGCGCUUAUCAAUGAUGUUCUGGGUGAGCUGGUCAAACUGGGGACCAAAACAGAGAUGGAGCAACAAGGAGGUUCAACUGUCUCCCAGUCUCCCUCCUCCUCUUUGUCAUCCUCUCUGGCCUGCUCCUCCUCCGACUCCUCCCUGGACUCCUGUCGGCUGCCGUGUCCGUCCCAGCUGCUGGAGGACAAAGAAAACCUUCGGCCUGUUGUGGUGGACGGGAGCAACGUAGCCAUGAGUCAUGGAAAUAAGGAAGUGUUCUCCUGUCAAGGGAUCCAGCUGGCUGUUGAUUGGUUCUUGGAGCGAGGUCACCGUGACAUAACAGUUUUUGUCCCUGCGUGGAGGAAGGAGCAGUCACGACCUGAUGCUCUCAUCACAGACCAAGAGAUCCUACGGCGACUAGAGAAAGAGAAGAUCCUGGUCUUCACUCCGUCUCGCCGCGUGCAGGGACGCCGUGUGGUUUGCUACGACGACCGCUUCAUCGUCAAACUGGCCUUCGAGUCAGACGGCAUCAUUGUUUCCAACGACAACUACCGUGACCUAGCCAAUGAGAAGCCAGAGUGGAAGAAAUUCAUUGAUGAGCGUCUUCUGAUGUACUCAUUUGUAAACGACAAGUUCAUGCCACCAGACGACCCACUGGGACGCCACGGACCCAGUCUGGAGAACUUCCUGAGGAAGAGGCCAGUUAUUCCUGAACACAGGAAGCAGCCGUGUCCUUAUGGGAAGAAGUGCACAUACGGCCACAAGUGCAAGUUUUACCACCCUGAAAGGGGCAGCCAGCCCCAGCGUGCAGUGGCAGAUGAGCUCCGCGCCAGUGCCAAAAUUUCAUCAGUAGCUUCUAAAGGUCUACUGGAAGAUAGCCUGAUGAUGAAGAGCCAAAGUCCUCGUCAACCAGGAGGAUUGACAGAGGCCGAGCCAACACAGGGCACUCCAAAGAAACAGCCAAACGCCAGCUCUUGGAGCUCUUUCACUGACCUGUUAGAGGACAGGCUUCGGAUCCAGUCCAAAGUGGAGGGACGAAGGGGAAGCAACAGCAGCAGUAGCAGCAGUAGUUGCAGCAGCAGCUUUCUAGCGCAUCCUGCUUCAGGAGGGCCGCCUUCAUUGGGAAGCUUUGACCGAUGGGAGCACCCUGGGGGAAGUGGUGGAGGCAGCUCCAAGGUUGCAGGAGCGUCUGGACGAAGCCAGGCUGAAACCUACCACAGAUGUGAGUCUCCAGAGCUGGGCUACGGCUCACUGGUGAAAGCCUACUCCAGCCUCAGUCUGGUGGUGCCACAGAGUCCUGAAAGCUCUUUCACAGCUGAUCUGCGAGCUGGAUCGCUGCUGUCAGACUGUAGCAGUGAAGGCAGCAUCAGCUCCGACUCUUUCUCCCCUGACCCCUCAUUAGAUGAUGGACCCAAGUGCUACCAUCACCACCACCAUCCUCACCACCAUCAUCACUGCUCUGCCCAGUACACACAUCCUGUAAGCCGUGUUCCCCCUGGACUGGGCCUCCAGCAUGGCUAUCCUGUUCCUCAAGCACCGAGGAGACAAUAUGGUUUGGGUUUUGAAGACCACACACCUUCUGUUACCUCUCUUGCAUCUCCACGUCCCUUCAAGCCUCCUUCAGCGUACAUCCCACCCCACCUUCACCAUCCAGUGCUGAGCAGUUUCCCAGUGGAGUUCUCAGCUCGUCCAUCCCAAACAUCCCCCGCUCACUCCCACUCUCAGAGCACCCCCCUUGGCCGAAAUAUGAUGGGCUCCCUUUGGCAGGAAGGCGGGCUUCAGGACCCCCAAGUGUACAAAGAGUCACCACGUCAUACCCCAAGGAACUGCUCUGGGAUAAACCAGCAACCAGAGCAUCAGAUGAACUGGGACCCUCAUUACCAGCAGUCCCCUAAGCCUCGCUAUGAUCCGUUCGCUUUGCAGAGUCUUCCUGAAGUCCAAGAAAAGGCUUGGCACUCUCUUUGGGGCAGGCAAGCCCAUUCAUCACCCCGUGGCCUUUCAGCAUCGAGUGUCCCACAGCUCCCACAGCUAUCACUAACCCUUCCACCCAUCACUACCCACAAAAGCCACCUGCCCCCAGUGCCCCAGCACCAGGAGCCCCCUGCCUUGGGUCGAUACCAGGACCUUAGAGAGAGGGUGUUUGUUAACUUGUGCCACAUCUUCCCUCCCGACUUGGUGAGGAUGGUGAUGACCAGGAACCCUCAUGUGAUGGAUGCUCAGGAGCUCGCAGCUGCGAUUCUGAUGGAGAAAUCGCAGCACGGUUCUUAACCAGGCUUUCUUCUGCAGGUUUAUCCCUCACAAUCAUGUUAGUUUUUGAUGUCAGGUUGGACACACACAAACCAAAAGUACAAGAUGUAAAGCUCCUUAAAGGAACACUUCAAUGGCAAAAUGACCAUUUGUAUAUCAGUUAUU